UUUACUUAACCAACACAGAGUCUGGGAUAUGAGAAACCCUAAGACUUGCCUAUGUUUAAUGAGAGGCCAUGAUUAUGCUGUACGUCGCGUGAGAUGUUCACCUUUUUCACGAGGUAUCAUUGCAUCAUGUUCAUAUGAUUUUACUGUGAGAACCUGGGAUUACAUGCGACCUCAAGGUUUCACCCCCCGCAUUGAAGUUGUAACGCACCACACUGAGUUUGUAUACGGGCUCGAUUUCAGUACCUUUGUUCCUUCACUGCUUGCUGACUGCUCAUGGGAUGAAACGGUCAAGUUAUAUAAACCCCAGUCUCUUAUAUCAACAGAUUCCCUGUGAUAACUUUAUAAAUUGCACAAAGUGCAUGUUGUGUUUGUGGAAUUUAUAUCUUGCCAUGUUGUUGGCAAUUUAUAUGAUAAUUCAAGUGGGCAUUUAGUAAGGUGUCAACACUUUUUGCACUACAGUGUCACCAAUUUAAUUUUAAAUUAACAGCAAAUAGUUUGAUAAUAUUCACUUAAAAAUGGGGCUAAAUAUUUAUGCUAAUUGUCAAAUAUUCAUUCUCACAUUUUACUCACAAUAUAAACAGGGUAACUGCCGUACAGCCGUAGUAUACAAAAACUUGUUGCUGAAAAAUGCAUUGAAUAUUAUUUUGCAUAUUUAAAAGGUUUGUUAAUGAUAAGUUAAGUGAAUAGUUUGUCUCUUUUUAAACUGUUUACUUUACAGUUUACAUCUUAGUAAUCGUGUUCUGAAAUUUUUCGUGUAAACAGUUCCUACUUUUGUUUAGGAUAACUUCAAUGUGAAUGUUGAAGUGCAUUUAAUGUUAAUUAUUUUGGAAAUCUAAGAUUUUUAUAAUUAGGUGCCGAAUGUAUAAGAUGCUGUGUUAGAACUUAAAACACUGUUCUUGUUCAAAUUAUUUCUUUGUGUAUUUAAUUUACGUUUUAUAUGCAAUAAAUGGAAGAUAUCAUA